AUGUCUUCCUCGCCACCUGAACCCGGGACUGUAGAUACUGAGAGAGACACAGUGGACGGGGAAGGAGAAGCAGCCCUUGUCUGUGGUACAGUCAGCACAGAAGCUGAGACAGUCGACAAUGAAGCCCAGCCAAUUCCAACAGAUGACACAGUAGACACCCCCACCCUCCUCCUCUUCCGCAUCACUUGUGACAACGAGAAACUUCUCAAGUUCUUGCCAAGAGGAAGGAUCAAGAAGGACCGACGAGACCACGUCACCAUUGGCCGACGUGAGACAAGUGACCUGAGACUGAACCACCCUCAAGCGUCAAGAGACCUGGUGCACAUCACACCCACAGUAGACCUCUCCUCUAACUUCUCUUUCACUAUACAGAACGUAGGUAGCAAAGGGCUUUCCGUUAACAACACAGUAUUGCGUAAGGGGGAAGAAAAACCGUUGACCACUGGUUCAGUGAUUAAGCUAGAUUUGCUCAACGUAGAAAUCACAUUAGAGAUUAUAUCAGGAGAUGAUGAAAAGGUAUAUGAAGUCCAGUUCACUCACAUAAAUCAGGAUAGGCAGGCUCCGGCAAAUAACCACAACAGACUAGCAGGUCAAAGUCAGGAACAACAGCCCUCGUCAAAUUCGACGUCUGAAGACCAAAACAUCCCUGUUUGCGAGAAACGUUGCACAGACGACAGUCCUGAGCAAAAUGAGCACCUGUGUGGUAAACACGUUCAGCCCCCCCUCCCCCAGUGUCCUCCAGUGGAACGUCCACAGUGUACAUGUACAGCGCGGGCAAAUUCAGUUCCGAAGCAGGCAUCAGUAGAGUCAGUUCAUGAGCUGCUCAAACAAGUGUCCUUAGAGGCAUCAUUCGGCAGUGGGUCUGCCACCCAGGUUGUUCUCAUGGGGAGUAACAUUGUUCUGAACAUGGGAGGUCAGGGUUCGGAUACUCCGCCACAGGGCCUGCCAAACACGGCAGACUCCGGGAAUGGUGAGGUGACAGCCAUGCAGGAAAGUGGGGAGGGGGGCAGCCAGUCAGCAGAAGAGGGGAAUCCUAUUCAGGAAACAGAAGAGGGGGGCUCAGGUAGCCAGUCAGUAACGUCACCUGAAGAGGGUAGUCCCAUUCAGGACACAGAAGAGGGGGAUUCUUCAAGUAGUCAGCCAGUCAUGUGCACAGAUGAGGAGAGUAAGACUAAUAUCCAAGAGGUUGGAAACGUAGAGUCAGCAUGCCCAGUAGAGCAUGAUGAUAGAAAUGCACAUGUUUCAAAGACAUCCGAAAAUGUUGCAAGGUCUGAUAAUGGACACCAAACAAAAGAUGAUGGCACUGUGGACACUCCAACAAAACUGACCCUGACGAUCCACAGUAGCAACCCAGGGUUGAACCUCCAGUAUCCAAAAACCAUAAUCGAGAAAAGGUCCGACAAGCCUUUCCUUAUAGCUAGGCAUGAGAACUCAGAUAUCCUAAUAGAUGACAAACGUGUCUCUCGUGAGCACAUGCAGAUCGAAGCCGUCAGCACCCAGACAGGAUUCGGUUUCCAACUGAGGAAACUGAAGAAAAAUAAGAUUGUCCGUGUUGAUGGGCAACCUGUCAAUGCUGAGAUGCCAGUCAAGCUGAAAUCUGGCAGCAGGAUAAGUCUUGAGUGUCUUGAGCUGCCAGAAUCACCGGCAGUCACGGUCGAGUUUGGGGUCAAGGUGGAUCCCGGAGAUGCCGCAGAUGUUUAUGAAGUUUUGGUGAAGAAAAAGUGAUGGACAUUGGUCAAAACUCUUCACCAGAAGAGUCCAUAAGUAUUAAGUUUUGGGGAAGGAAUAGUGAUAAACUUUUCACCAUGAAAGUACCAU